ACGGAAGUCCGUCUCUGUUUUCGUUCCGGCUCUCCUUGGUGUGUCUGUUUUUGUGUUUUCAUUUCCAAGACAAAAGGCAGCGUGCUUCAGGCGGUGCCUGCAGAAUGGACGCGCUGGAUCACAUGCUCACCGACCCGCUGGACUCGGGGCAGGGCGGCGACGGGCGCAUCAUGGAGGAGUGCAUGCUGGGAAACACCCGCGUCAGUCUCCCAGAGGACCUGCUGGAGGACCCAGAGAUCUUCUUCUCCGUCGUGAGCGACAGCACCUGGCACCACGUGCUGACGGACGCCCAGCGGCAGCGGCUGCGCCAGCUCCUGCCCCACUUCCCCGAGGACAGCGCCGCCCUGCAGGACGGCGUGCUCGCCGACCUCUUCGGCAACCAGAACUUCCGCUUCGGAAACCCCUUGCAUCUCGCCCAGAAGCUCUUCCGAGAUGGCUACUUUAACCCGGAGGUGGUGAAGUACAGGCAGCUGGUGGCCAAGUCGCAGAGGAAGCGCUGCCUCUACUCCCAGCAGCAGCACUACCACCGGCUGCUCAAGCAGAUCCUCGUCUCCAGGAAGGAGCUGCUGGACCGGGCCCGGCGCGGCGGUCCGGACCUGGUCCUGAAGCGCUUCACUCCCCUCUGUCCCUCUGUCCCUCUGUCCGUCUGCGCAGACCUGGGCUCGUGGCUGCCGGCCUCCCUGCUGCCGCCCUCUCCCAGCCAGCCCGUGGCCCUCAGGGUGCUGCCCAGCCUCUUCACGCAGGACAUGAAGACCGCAGACAAGCCCGAGCUGACGGAGAAGGACCUGCGGGCCAUGCUGAGGCGGCACCGAGAGAAGAGGAGGCACCAGCCUGAUCGCCCGGACCUGCUGACCUCGGACCUCAGUCUAAGUGACAUCGUGUCACGAGUCAGUGCGGGCCGGAAGGGCUCGAUCAUGGCUCUGGUCGACCUCGGGGUGCCCAAGAAGAAGGCGAGGGAGGAGAAGAGGAAGAAGAAGAUGAGGCCGGUCAAGAUGGAGCCGGAGGACCCAUGUGAUGUCCUGGGGCCCCCCGACGCCCCCCCAGCGGCUGCUGCGGCGGCCACCGUGGCCGUCGUCUCCCCGGAGCCCCCCGCUGCCCCCCUGGCUGGCGUGAAGGAGGAGCCGGUGGAGGAGGUGCACAGCAAGACUCUGGAGGAGAGGGUGCAACAGUGGCAGGCCUCCCCUGCCAGCACCCUCAAUCCGUGGUUCUCCGGUGCCCCCUGCUGGUCUGACCUGGUGUUGCCUGCGCUGCACUUCUUGGCAGGAGAGAGCAAGGCGGGCGUGCUGUGUCUACCGGCCGGGUUCUCUCCUUCAGUGGAAUUCCAAGAGCGCUCUCAGCACUGGAAGUGGAUCAGCCCCAGUCAGGACUGCGAGAAGGACCUGAAUGCCCUCUGUCAGCUGUGGCUGGAGACAAAGGACCAGGUGGUCAUCAAGCCGGAGAGCGAGGAGCCGGCAGAGAUGACCCCACCCACGCCGAGAGUGUGGACGGACUACGUGGUGAGGCCCAGCACGGGCGAGGAGAGGCAGGUGUUCCAGGAGCAGGAGCAGCAGCGCUACGACCAGCCGCACAGGGCCUUCACCUUCCGGAUGCACGGGUUCGAGUCCGUGGUGGGGCCGGUGAAGGGGGUGUUCGACAAGGAGACGUCCCUCAACAAGGCGCGGGAGCAUUCCCUGCUGCGCUCCGACCGGCCGGCCUACGUCACCAUCCUCUCCCUCGUGCGCGACGCCGCAGCCCGGCUGCCCAACGGCGAGGGGACACGAGCCGAGAUCUGUGAGCUGCUCAAGGACUCCCAGUUCCUCGCCCCCGAUGUCACCAGCGCACAGGUGAACACAGUGGUGAGCGGGGCUCUGGACCGGCUGCACUACGAGAAGGACCCCUGUGUGAAGUACGACAUUGGACGCAAGCUGUGGAUCUACCUGCACCGAGACCGCAGCCAGGAGGAGUUCGAGCGGAUCCAUCAGGCCCAGGCGGCAGCGGCGAAGGCCAAGAAGGCUCUGCAGCAGAAGCCUAAACCAGCACCCAAGCUCAAAGCGAGCGCUAAGGAGGCAGGAUUGAAGACCCCCGGAGCGGGAGAGCCCGGCCAGAUCCUCGGCUUGGAGCCUGCAGCUGUGCCUGCGACCUCCCUGCCCCCGACACCUACCACUCCCAGCCCAGUCCUCCCGGGCACCCCCAGAUCGCCCUCGCUGCCCUCCUCCAGCACCCCCACGAAGUCUGGGGCCGGCCCGGACACAGUCAAACCCAGCCCAAGCGUCCUCCUGGUGUCCCCGCCCUCCAUGCCCCAGCUGGGCACCCUCCUGUCGGCCAGCCAUGUUGCCUUUUUUCUCCAUCCCUCUUCCCCCCUCACUUAUUCUGCCCCUGUCUCCCUGGUGCCCCCCCUCCGGGAGCAGACCGUGGUGACGGUGCCCCUCAGGACGCAGUCCGGCAGCAGUCCAGUGCAGGUGCAGGCGUCCCGCGGCCAGGCUGGCCUCACCGUCGCUGGACUGGCUUCUGCCGUCACAGUGGCCAAGCCCCCGGCGGGGGGUCCCCCGGGGAGCCCUGCUGCCUCAGCCCCCGCGGCCACCACGCUGCUGCAGAGCGUCACCGGGCAGAACAUCAUCAAGCAGGUGGCGAUCACAGGGCAGCUGGGCAUGAAGUCCCAGCCCGGCGCCGGCAUCCCGCUGACGGCCACCAACCUGCGCAUCCAGGGCAAGGACGUGCUGCGGCUGCCCCCCUCCUCCAUCACCACGGACGCCAAGGGCCAGACGGUGCUGCGCAUCACGCCGGACAUGAUGGCCACCCUCACCAAGUCCCCCAUGGCCACCGUCAAGCUCACGCCCGACGUGCUGAACGCGGCCGCGGCCGGGGGCAAGAGCAUCUCUGCCACGCUGCACGUCACGCCCUCGCCCGCCUCCUCCUCCGCCGCCUCCUCCUCCUCCGCAGACUCGCCAGCCAUCAAGACCUGCAGCGCCCCCACCAUGGCCGCGGGCGGCGCCACCACCCUGGUGAAAAUGCACCAGGAGAUCAAAGCCGCCGGAGACACGGCCAUCCGGCUGAUGCCCGCGCUGGCCGUCAGCAUGGCGGAGCAGAAGGCCAAGAGCCUGUCGGCCAUCUCCUCCUCGGACUCCAAGCCGGCCGCCACGAUCCGCAUCAUGCCCGGCCUGGGCGUCAUCCCGCAGAAGCCCGGCCAGGCCAUCGCCGUCGCCACCUCCGCCGCCGGCGCCAAGCCCACACCGGCCGUCUCCUCGGGCGCCGCCACCGUCACCAUCGCCACCGGGGGCGUGGCGGGGGCCAAGGGGGUGACCGUGGGCUCGGCCGUGACGGGCGCGCCCCUGUCCCUGGGCACGGGGACGGCCACUGUCCGCCAGGUGCCCGUCAGCGCCACCGUGGUGUCCAGCACGCAGCCGGGGAAGCUGCCGGCUCGCAUCACCGUCCCGCUGUCCGUCCUGAGUCAGCCGCGCAAGAGCAUGGUGACCGCGCCCAUCCUGAAGGGGAGCAUCGGCACCAACAUCAGCGGCCUGGGCCGGAACAUCAUCCUGACCACCAUGCCCGCGGGGACCAAGCUGAUCGCGGGGAACAAGCCCGUCAGCUUCGUCACGGCGCAGCAGCUCCAGCAGCUGCAGCAGCAGGGCCAGGCCGCCCAGGUCCGGAUCCAGACGGUGCCGGCCCAGCAGCUGCAGCAGCGCACCGCCGCCGGCUCGCCCAAGCCCGUCUCCACCGUCGUGGUGACAUCCGCCCCCUCCCCGAAGCCGACGCCCGACCCCCAGUGACCCCGGCCGGCCUCCCCAGGCAGGGCCCGAGCGGAGUCCAGGUUCCGACUCGCAUGGAGCAGCUGCUUCGCUGUUUCCUCCGAAGCGCAGGAAAGAAAGACCCUCUCCUCCGGAUCUGUGUCCUCCCCAGCCUGGACAGUGCGAUGAUGUUCCUGGGACUCUGUCGAUUCGCCGUGCCAGGGGCCUGCUCCAUUUCAUGAGGAAGCCGUCAGCCUGAACUAGCAGCUUGAACUAGGGAGUGCCGAGUAGCCAAGCCCUUGGGACGUGUGAACUUGUUUAGUUUUCUCUCUGGUUUCAGUCGUGAGAACCACGUUUUGAAGAGCAGCUUAAGAGAAUCAGGAUCGACAAGGCUCGUGUUUUAGCUUAUUUAGAUGUUGCAGUUGUGCAAAACCGGGUUGACGCAGGGGGAAAGCGUCUGCAGGGGUGAUUGCAAGCCAUUCGUUCAGCUCACACAGGAGCCUGCAGCUUGAAAGUCCUGAAAUGGACCAAAAUGCUGUGCAAUGGGAGACCUAUUUGUAGAUCCUUUUGCAUUAUCCUGUGAGUUGAUUACUCCUCAUUUAGCAACUGAACACAAGGAUUUUUGUAUCACAAAGAUGCAAAACUUUUUUUUAACCUAAGACUCAUCUCAAAUUGUUUCUUUGCAAGCAUGUAGGUAGCUGCCUCAUUUUUUCCCUGUUUGUGUUGUUUUUUGAAAGUUUAUGAACAGAAAGUAAAUUGGUUCUCUGUCUUUUUUCUGUCCAUUUUUUUUUUACUACAGCUUCCGUGUCCAGGGAUGGAAAAUGUGCCGUUUCCUCCCUGGUGUGCUGAGCUAGAGAGGGCUUUGUGACUGUUUGCUUGUGUUUCGACAGCUGAUUUUCAGUUGUGCAUGUUUCUGUGUGGAAAGAGUAGCGUCCUGGCUAGAUGUUGUUGGGUCCUCGCCCAAAGGCUUUGUGUUGAACAGACUGUACUGAUGGGCAUCGCCUGUUGCUAUUGCAGUAAAGAAUGUACCUGUAACUGUGCACCGCAUUGCUCGCUGUGACAUUAGAAGCAUUGGCAAAAUAAAAUGAGCACUUGUGACAUGUACGUGAGUUUGGUCCUAAAAUGUUGGGUGUUUGUCAGGUUGUGUUAAUUGGGCACCCCCCAGUUUCGGUAUCGUCACUCUGCUUGUGGUUGAUCUAACUGUACGUGAUACUGCGUGAAGUCUCGCUGUAACAAAGUUACUUUCUAAUACCUGACCUCCACAUCUUAAUGUCCUGCAUGUGAGGAAUACGAGUUCUGUCAGAUUUCUGUGUGGUUCAGAAUAAAGAUAAUUAUGCACCGA